AUGGUGCAGAAAGCAAGCCAUGAUGCGAUCCGAUUGAAUCAUCUUUUCAAGGAAAUGAGGCGGAGCAUUGAGAGCUCAGCGCAUUCUGCUGAACAUCUGAGUGAGCAAGAUGAAACUGCCCAACGGCUCGUCGACUUCCUACAGAUCGCGGGCAAGAGAAGCUUUGUGCGGGGGCAGGUGGAGGAGCUGGAAAAGAACAUCCAGUCAGCCCAGCACGAGAUCGAAGUCAUCAUGCAGAGCGUGUCGAUCGUGGAGACCAGGCAGCUCGACGGGGUUCUGCGAGGCAUCGAGGACAACACGAGUGUGCUUUUUGCCACAACGUCUGCGAUGAAGAGCACGUCUCUGAGUGUGAAGGCGAUCCAAAUCAUCCUCCUGGUGCUCCUUGUCUUCAACCUCAUCGACAGAAUAGGGGGAGGGUCGCUGAAUGUGCCUGCCCCUACCUGGGUCAUCGAUCUCAUCAAGAAGCCCCUCAUGGAUCCUCCCUUCCUCUGGUUUAUCGUCAACGUUGCUCUCGCCGCCAUCAUCACGUACCUCGCUAACUACUGGGAGCGCGUCUCCCUCCAGCGCCAUCAGAAGCAGAUGGCCUGUGAGCUGCACUGCCGAGCUCCCAUCCUCGACCUGAACAAGCUUGAGAGAAGACUUCCGUUCCUCAACCAGCGUUCCAACUUUGACCUGGACAGCGUGUCCUGCAUGGUCCGAUGGAAAGAGCCGAUCACCGCUGACCUAUGGAAAUGGGGAGGAGCGCCGCCAGAGAUUCAGAUCACCUACGACAAGAAGCGCAUGCUCCUCCUCUCCAUCUCCCUUUGGGUUGAUCGACAUUACAACUCAAGCUCCGAGCAGCACCUCGUCAAGUCGUUCCUGCAGGCAAGAAGAGGCAUCGGCAUCGUCAAAACCUUCCUCACCCCCCUUCUCACGCUCGUAGAGCAUGAGAUUCUCUCACCGACACAUCAAGACGUCAUCCUUGCUCCUUAUCAGCAGGAGGAGAAGGAGGAGCAGGGGGAGGAGAACCAGGAGGAGGAAGAGCACGAGGAGGAUGGGGUGCCGAAGAUCGUUGAAGACAAGGGGGCAGAGGAAGAUGGAGAUGUCGCCCUGUAG